GGGGGCGCUCGUGGUGUGCUUCCGGGUCGGGCGUGGGGCGCGGAGGAUUCUGGGGGCCGGGGUCGGCUUAGCGUCACUCCGCUCCCCGACGAGGCUCCGAGGGACCGCGGCCGCGGGGAGCGAGCAUAGAAGAUGACUACAGCAGCAAGACCCACUUUUGAGCCUGCGAGAGGUGGGAGAGGAAAAGGAGAAGGGGACUUGAGCCAACUCUCCAAACAGUAUUCAAGUAGAGACCUACCAUCUCAUACGAAGAUAAAGUAUAGACAGGCCACUCAGGAUGCCCCUGAAGAGAUUCGGAACCGUGACUUCAGGAGAGAGUUGGAAGAGAGAGAAAGAGUUGCUGCAAGAGAGAAAAAUAGAGACCGUCCAACCCGAGAGCAUACAACUUCUUCUUCAGUCUCAAAGAAGCCACGGUUAGACCAGAUCCCUGCUGCCAACCUCGAUGCAGAUGAUCCCCUGACAGAUGAGGAAGAUGAAGAUGAGGACUUUGAAGAGGAGAGUGAUGAUGAUGAUACUGCAGCUCUUCUUGCAGAACUGGAAAAAAUUAAAAAGGAAAGAGCUGAAGAGCAGGCAAGGAAGGAACAAGAACAAAAAGCGGAAGAAGAAAGAAUCCGUAUGGAGAACAUUCUAAGUGGAAAUCCUCUCCUUAAUCUCACCGGCCCAUCCCAGCCUCAGGCUAACUUCAAAGUUAAAAGGAGGUGGGAUGAUGAUGUCGUUUUUAAGAACUGUGCAAAAGGUGUAGAUGAUCAGAAGAAAGACAAAAGAUUUGUAAACGAUACUCUGCGGUCUGAAUUUCACAAAAAGUUCAUGGAGAAAUACAUUAAAUAGUGCAGUUCUAUGUGCUUAACUAAAGACUAUAAAAUAUAUGAAAGAGGCGAGGGAUUCCAUUUUGGACCACAUGUUGGUAUGGGAAGCAGCAUCAACCUCUAAGCACCCAUCUAUGUCUGAGGGAGCAUGGGCUCUCACUGCUGCAGGUGCGCCUUCCUUUUCUCUCAGCUCUGAACUAGAGCCCCGGGUCUAUAUUCAGAAAGCAUGUAACACUCUCCCAUUCCUCCUGGAUACUUAAUGAGCUAGUUUGCACAGUGACACACUUCAGAUGCAAAGCCUAGCAAAGAUAGCAUCAAACAACAUAUGAAAUAAAGCCUUUGGAAAUAGGA